AUGUCCAUGUUUUCCAAAUCUACUGAAGACACUCCAUCCAGGAAAAGAGACCAACCCGAAAACAACACUCCUAGUCCAAACACAGAGCGUCCCAGUUCUAGACGUCAGACCAUCACACCUGUGUAUGUACAGAGUGACGCUUCCGUCACACUGACCUGUCCGGCUGAUGACCAGGCCACCACACUGACCUGGACCGGACCUGGAGGUAACCUGUACGUUACCGGUACCACAGUGGAGGCUGGUCUGAGUGACGGUAUUAAAUCACGGAUAUCUGCCGGUCACUCGGGAGGGAAUUACACACUGACGUUUACAGAGCUUCAGGUCAGGGACACGGGAAUAUUUACAUGUACAUUGGACGGGACAGUUGGUCUACGGAUGGUCAUUGUACAAGGUGGGAGAUCAGCUUCCUCAGUGUAUGUCAGGCGGGGUGGAGCUAUAACACUUAAUUGUCCAAAUGCAGAUGGUACAGCGCAGUGGUCAGUUACAUCUCCUUCUGUCUUCAUUUACACUAUCGGGACAGACAUCAAUCCGACAAUACCUAUUUCUUUAAGAACCAGACUGACUGUUGAUAUACAUAACGGGACAUAUAGCCUUGGAAUCAGUGAUGUACAGCUGUCAGAUGUCAGGGAGUACAGAUGUACCAUCGGAGUCACAGUCACGUUCUACCAUCUACUACUGUACAUUCCACCAGUAUUUCCUGAAAUAGAGAACACAUUUGCCGUAAACGGUCAGAACAGGACAAGAGUGACAGAGGAUGGAAGUCUUACUUUGUCAUGUAACGCACGUGGCGGAUUCCCGGUGGCAAACGUGUCGUGGAUAAAAAAUAAUGUCUAUCUUGCUAUAAAUGACAGCAUAGCCAAGUACACAAAAGUGGUUACUCGAGCAGACGACAGGACAAUGUACAGAUGUCAGUCUAGUAGUCCAGCCCUGACAAGUCCCCAGACUACCAGUGUGUUAGUAUACCUAGAUUUAAAACCGGGAGAGCCAGAAAUCCCUGAACAGGUUUCCCAGAUAGAAAACAACAACCUACAGGUAGUUUGUACUUCAACUGGAAGUAGACCACCCGCCAACAUACAGUGGAAUAUUGGGCGUAAAUGGCUAUCCUCCAAUUCUACUGAUGUCAUGGAACCUGACAGCUCAACAGAAACGUAUACUGUGACGUCGACAUUAUCCCUCCUUGUAACACGUCACAACAAUGGGGAAUCUGUGUACUGUAGAGCCAGUAACCGGGCCUUGCCUGCGGGGAUCGAGUCAGUUACCCGCACUUUAACAGUAUUGUACCGCGCUGACAUCAACGUUAGCGGUAAAAACACAACAUACACGUCAUCCAAGAGACUACUGACUUGCGCACCUGAUGGUAAUCCAAACAUCUACAAAUUCGGUAGAUGGAAACAUACAGCAGAGGACGGUUCAGAGAUACGUCAGUUGACCGGAAGUUCAAAUUCCACACACUCGGUCCUGACCCUGCCCGACCCCGGCGUACCACGACGAUAUGAGGAUACCGGUUACUACAUAUGCAUAGCCACUAACAAUGUCCCAGACUCGUCCUUCUCCACGUCUGGCUCUGUCUUCUUCGUCGUUGAAGCUCCUCCUUUGGUAAUAACCAACGCAACAGUGAUCAAGGAACAGUUAGGGAACAACGCCACUAUUGAGGUAGAUUUUUACAGUAGACCAACGGUACAUCCUAAUGACAUCAAGUGGACCAGAAAUCCUAACGGAUUACCUCCCCCUGUUAGAGCUCUAACGUCUAUAGUAGACAGGUAACUCUUGGUGGCUUUCCAU